AUGGACGACACCGUGACCAAAGCCCCGGACGUCUCUGUCCUGGCGGAUGGUCUCGCCGUCUCACAUUAUGUGGAAGCACUGGAGGCGCGGACUCCGCGAAGCCCCCGCAAGACUGGGUCGCAGGCUCCCAGAGAGGUGGCCGCAGGCGUCCAGCCUGGUGGGGAAGCUCAGGAUGCCGCAGCACCGAGCUCUCCGUCGAAGGCGGAGGAGCCGUGCCAAGAUUGGAGCGACAUUGAGCUGGAUACAGACGUGAUGCCAGGGCCAACGCUCCCGUGCCCGUCAGCUGACAGGACUGACGCGGAGCCGGAAGCCUCGCCGAACGAUUUCUGUCUGAGCCCCGUGGCCGGCACGGGCGGCUACGCCUCUGCCGCAGGCCUGAUGAACACCCUCCACUCCGUGGCCAGCGCCGCCUCGGAGCUGAGCCCCGUGGCCUGGUCCAGACGAGGUGACGAGUUCCAGUUCAGCCCAGUGGUGGUCGAGAGCCUUGCAGGUGGUGGGGAGACCAUGCCUUUCAGCGAAGCGGUCGACGAAGCGUCCGCGCAUCCCUCGCGGCUGCACGCCUUGACGCCUUCCCACGUCCAGACGGGCGCCGUUUCCCAGGUGAAGAUGUUUCCCGCCUUGUACCGUGCGUCGUGGCACUGUGGCCGUGCGAUGGACAAAGCAGAGGCCCGCACGCUCGUGGAGCGAUGCUUGCCGCGGUUUAAGGAUGCAGGACUGGAGCCUUUGGAUGGCAUCACGGACAUCAAGGUGAAAGCCAUCGCAUCGCUGUGGGCGGGCAUGGGCUGCGUCUAUGACCUGAUGGUGACUUCCAAACGUGGGGUCCAGCACGUCGUGGCCAAAAGAGUGCAGCUUCCGAAGCGCUGCGACAGUAUUGGCGACCAGCGGAAGAAGGACAGCUAUGAUGUCGAGGCAGCCUUCUACCAGAAGGGGCAUGCCGAGCGUCUUAUCUCAGCCGGCUGCAUGGUUCCCUUCCCACUGCACGUGGAGCACUCGCGUGGCGAGGGCGUGACCAUCUGCAUGACCAAAGUGGAAGGCAAGCCGUCACAUCCUCGUGGUGCAGAUGCGUUCGUUGCAUGGCUUGCACGACUGCACUCGACAUAUUGGGGAUCCAGGGCGGACGAAGCUUGUGGGCCAGAUGCUGGUGGGUUGCAGCUUCAGGGGUGCUACUGGCACCUUGACACGCGGCCGGAUGAACACAGGAAGAUGCCCUCCUCCGGCUGGAUGGGUCGCCUGAAGCUGUGUGCGCGGGCGAUUGACCUCAGGCUCAAGGCAGACCCCAUGCAGUCCGUGUGUCAUGGCGAUGCCAAAGGUGCAAACAUCCUCUUUGCCAACGGUGAGGGAGGAGAGGCGAUACCCCUCGUUUAUGACUUCCAGUACUGUGGCAAAGCUGCGGUGACGAAAGAUCUGGCUUACUUCUUCAACGUGGAAGCAUACCCCAAUGCAGCAGAAGAAGAGCGACUGCUGCGGCUCUACCACGCGGAGCUCACGCGGCUGCUCACUGCCCAGGGCGACAUCCCGCCCCAGUACUCGGCACUCCGUUCUUUCUCGCUUGUGGUGCUCGGAUGGGUUCUGCAGACUCUGCUCUGGGGCGCAACUGAUAUCGGUCUCGGUCUCCUUUCUGGUCUUUCCUGA